UUCAAUUUCUUUACUCUCUCCGCCGUCUCUCUGCCGAAAAAGGGAUUUUUCCAAAGCCGAUCCCGAUUUAUUUUCCGUUGUAGUUUUUGAUUUCUUCUAUUCAGUGUGGUAUUGCGAGCGUUUUUGCAGUCGGCGAUUCAGAUCUCUGUUCUAUCAAAAUUCUUCGUUGGCGGUGAUUCGAUGGAGAAAGAGCUGGUCGAAUUGUUUGAAGCGGCGAAGAAGGCUGCAGACGCCGCUGCAGCACCAUCAAAUGAUGGGGGAGCCGAGGAAAGUCGUUGUCUUGAUGCCCUACGGCAGCUCAAGAAAUUUCCUGUUACAUAUCAAAUCCUUGUUUCCACUCAGGUUGGGAAGCGCCUUCGGCACCUCACUAAACACCCCAAGAAGAAAAUACAAGACUAUGCUUCUGACUUGAUUGAGAUGUGGAAGGAUAUAGUAAUCAAGGAGACUAACAAGAAUAAGAAGAAUGGAAACGGCAACAGUAAAGAACCAUCCAAAAUUGGUUCUCCCAGUGCAGAGUCCGUUAAGGUGGAGAACUUUCAAAAAUCAUCUUCCAUGAAGGUUGAGAGAGUUUCCAAGGUUGAGCAAUUCAAUAGGAUUGGUUCCACAAGCUCUGUUAAAUUUUCUAGAUCGGCGAGCGCGGUCUCGGAGAAAAACUCUGUUAAGGUUGAAAAAACUGAUUCAGUGGUCAAGGUGGAAAGGAUGGUUAAAGAAGAGAAGAAAAUCUCUAUUGAAAAGAAACCAAGCGGCGCUGCUGGACCUCCAAAGCUUACUUCCAUGAUCAAAUCAAAAGAUGCUGCUCGCGACAAAAUAAGAGAACUUCUCGUUGAGGCCUUCUCCAAGGUUCCUGGUGAGGCUGAUGAAGAUGUUAUAGAUGAAGUAAAUGCAAGCGAUCCUAUCCGUGUUGCUGUUUCUGUAGAAUCCGUGAUGUUCGAAAAUUGGGGAGGUUCUACUGGGGCACAGAAGGCCAAGUACAGAUCUAUAAUGUUUAACCUCAAGGAUCCGAAGAACCCAGAUUUUCGGAGAAAAGUUCUUCUUGGGCUUAUCAAGCCAGAAAGGAUGACCAACUUGAGCACAACUGAUAUGGCAAGUGAUCAGAGAAAACGUGAAAACGAAGAGAUUGCACAAAAAGCACUAUUCGAAUGUGAGCGGGGAGGAGCUCCAAAAGCUACCACCGAUCAGUUCAAAUGUGGUCGAUGCGGUCAACGCAAGACGACCUACUAUCAAUUGCAGACACGGAGUGCUGAUGAACCUAUGACAACGUUUGUAACUUGUGUAAACUGCAAUAAUCAUUGGAAGUUCUGUUGAGUCUCUCUUAUGAGCUGCAGAAAAUGUUAUUGUUUGGAACAAUUUACUGAGCUGCUAGUGUUAUUUUGCUUUGACACUGGUUGCAGUCUGUAAUCUCAGUCCACAUCACUAAUUUAGGACGUAGGAGGUUCUGUACCGUAGGAUUUUCAAGUACCAAUUUGUCGAGAAAUUCAGUGUAUAAACUUUGUCUAUUUCUUAUUUCCUUCGGUAUUUGUUGAGUUUCGUACUUCCAAA